AUGGCGAUAACUCCCGAUGAUGCUCAACAAAUUCUAGGCUCCAGGUUGAUGGAAAAGAAGUCACUGAGGGAUUCGGUUGAGACAGAGUCUGUUCUUGAGAUGAAGGAUGGUCGUCUAAGCAAGAAGUUUAAUUUGAAGAAGUUGAGGGACAAAUUGUGGGAGGCAAAGAAAAUAUUUGAUAAGGAAGGAAGGGUGAACCCAGUGCGAAUCAAUGCUAUUGCGUCAUCUUAUUUGUUAUACGUCCUGGGCAAAUGUAUCUUCCCCGACAGUUCCGGAAGCUUGGUCGAGGCCAGUUACUUGCAACUAUCGGAUGCCUUAGAUAAGAUGCGUGAGUUUUCUUGGGGUAGUGCGGAGGUCGCCUUCUUGAACAAUGAGUUGGGAAAAUGUUCUAGGGCACUCACUAAGCAAGUUUGGAUAUAUGAGAACUUCCCUUCUUUGUUCAAAACCAACUCCUACGUCAAAGUGGAUGAGAGUGUUGCGGUUGAUAAGCCAAGAGCGCAAAGGUACAGUUUUAAGGGUACUCAGGAUAAGAAAAUGCCGCAACAACUUAUCAAACUCCGAAACGCCAUCGACAAAUUGACUGCGGAGGAGGUGAUAUUUGAUCUGUAUCGAGAUGCUAGAAAUCAAGGUUUAAUCCAAAGUAGAGAUGGAGUUGCUGCAUUAUACUAUGGACCCUUGAUGACUACGUUUGAUGGAUAUUCAAUGUACGAUCCACAUCGGGUAAUGCGACAAUUGGGUUAUGUCCAUGAAGAACCUCAUUUCGAUGAAGAAAAGCCGUUCUUUACUUUGAAAAUGGCUGAAUGCACCACGUCCUAA